AUGCGGGACGUUGAGGAAAAGAACGGCGACGAGAAGAUUCCAUCUCCAUCUUCACGAGAGUCGAAUGGCGGCCAUUGCCCUAUCUGCUUGGGUUCUUUCAUCCAAGAGUCCUACCUCGAUACCUGUUUCCACAAAUUCUGUUUCAAAUGCAUUCUGCAGUGGUCUAAAGUAGUCGCCGGAAAGCAUUCUGGAGUCCAGUCCUCAGUGAAAUGCCCUUUAUGCAAGACUGACAAUGCAUCCGUCAUCCAUGGAUUUGAUGGAGCUUCAUUCCAUAGGCAUUACAUAAGUCCCCGCAAUGAAUGUUCUUCCUUCUUUACAAACGCACACAAGUAUCGAUUAAAAUGCUAUUACAUUGAAUCAGGUAUCCUGAAUGAGAAAUUUAAUGUCUCACGGUUUUGGAAGUUGAAAAGGUAUUGUCAGCCAAAUCAAUGGCUUCAAUGCUGGUUGACCAGAGAAAUCCAGGCUCUAAUUCAGGAAGAAGAUGUUGACAUCAUUGUCCAUCAUAUACUUGGCGUGAUUGAUUCUUCCUUGAGAAGAGAUGAUUUCCUCAACCAAAAGAAACCGCCAGUGGUUAAGCAGCAGGAGUUCAGGGAUCUCAUGUCAGAAGCUGUCAGGCCUUUCGUGGCAGCCCGAGCCGAGCGAUUUGUAGAUGAAUUAGAGCUCUUUCUUGCAUCAGGUUUCAACGUGAAAGGCUAUGAUGAAGUCUACACAGAGCAGUUGGGUUGGAAGGUUCCUGGAAUCAGCAGGAUUGUUAGAGAAGAGGAACAGGAAUCAGAUGAUGAGCACCCACCAACUGUACUUCCAUUGCUGUACAUUUCAGAUGAGGAUCCUGAUGUCUGA